GUUGGGCUUGUGGUUUAUGGCCUCGGACAUAUAGAGGCCACGGGCCUGGCGACGUCUCGGUGCAAUCCCGGGUCUGUGCAAAUCACUCAAGCCUCCACCACCACCCAUCAUGAAGCCAGGAAGAUGCGAGGCGACGCGAUUUGCGAUGCUGCUACUGCUGCUGCCGAUUUCCCUGUGGGCUCAACGCGCACUCGCGGCGCCACACGGACGCGUGCCAUACACCACUACCUCCACACAGGUGGCAUUGACCGCCGACUACUUCCUGGACUACAUCUUGAAGAGUUACGGGAACGGCUCUGUGCUCACGACCCACGGACUGGAGAAAAUUAUGCAAGACCUGGGUAUUGGUGAAGAGCAUCAUGAACAUACGAGGCAACGUCAAUUAAAUGCAAAUGAGAUCCAGGCAUGCAUCUCAUCGCACGAUUUGACGGAAAUCUUCGGAGUGUCAGGCGAGGUGUGGUCACGUAGCGAGCUGAUGUCCGCGUCUCCGGCCUUGCUUCAACAACUCCUGAGCCACGCGUGCCGAGCGCCCAAUGACACUCACACGGGAGAAGCAAAUACGCGCCCCUCGAAAGCCCACAAGUACGGAUAUGGAACGCUGGCAUCCUUGCUGGUGAGCGCUCUGUCCCUCAUCGGAGUGGUCACCGUGACUUGUUCCUCAUGCACGCACGUCUACGUGUACAGCCAGCAGGCGCUCUUCGGCCUUGCCGUCGGAAGCAUGACUGGGGACGCCAUACUGCACCUACUGCCCAAGCUGUUGGGAUUGCACGUUCAUUCCGCGGAGGACGACUUGCAUGCUAACGACAAUUUAUACAUUUGGAAGCUCUUAACCGUGAUUGGAGGCUUAUAUGUGUUUCUGAUGCUGGAACAACUGUUCACUAUCUUGACAAGAGACGACGCAAAGGUUAACGAUGAGUGUGAUCUUCACGGAUGCAAAAUGGAGACGUGUACAGACGUCGGCAAGACGGUCCUCUCCGACAAAGAGAAACAAGACAUUUCAUAUGAAAAGGACACCCAACAAACGGGAAAGAUCAACUUGUCAACUAUUGAUUUGAUUGCAGAACAUGAAGCGUCUCACCUGCCAAUCUCCAUCAGAAAAAAAGGUCUCAACGCGAUCGUGCUCAUGGUGCUGAUCGGUGAUGGCCUCCACAACUUCGCCGACGGGCUGGCCCUGGGGGCCGCCUUCUCGCUGUCCCUCGGCGAUGGGCUGGCCACCAUGCUGGCGGUGGCGCUGCACGAGCUGCCGCACGAGAUCGGAGACUUUGCCAUCCUGCUCAACACGGGACUGUCCGUCCGGGCUGCCCUGGGGCUGAACCUGCUGAGUGCCCUCACGGCGCUCGUCGGCUUCUACAUUGGGGCCUCCGUGUCGGAAAACGAGAUGGCCAUGCAGUGGAUUAUCGCCUUUGCAACGGGCAUGUUCCUGUACCUGUCCAUCAACAACAUGAUCUUCGAGAUGAAGCGAUCCCACGUGGACCGGCCCUGGCUCCUGCUGCUGUUGCAGAAUCUGGGAUUGUUCCUGGGCUGGGCGUGCAUGCUGCUCUUGGCUCUCUACGAGGACAAACUCCACUUUUAAUACUCAGCUGACAGACAGCCUCUCACCAAACUCACACACGCGCGCACAAAGACAAAGAUCCCCCGUGUAGCCUUAACAGACUGUUGGGGCAAGUGCUGUUAACGAGUAGCAGCACCGAUGAAAGCCGGCAUAGUACACGAGGGGGUGGCUGGCCAGCACCACGCCAGGCCGCCUUUGUCUCCCCAGUGGUGAUGUUUACUACACACCGUACCAGGCACUAAUUGGAGGCUGAGUCGACCUAGGAAAGGAUGACCCAGGACCGGUUCAGAUAAUCGUCACUGGUGUUGGCCGUGAUCGGGAAUCGAACUCGGGUCGCCGAGUGGGGAAGGACAGACGACCCGGUGUGUCUCACGGUCGAUUCUCCUGCACGUUGGAACCACAAACCCCCGAGAAUGGAGAACGGAGUACGGGACACUACUGGCCCACGUGGCAAUGACCGAGUCCGCAAGCUGUCACAGUGCAUCCAUUGCCUUGAGGUCAUUUUUAUUAAAUCCUUUAUAUUAAGUUCACUUGCUUGCUUGCUUGCCUUACGACCGUGCAAAUCUUUCGGUCGUUUUUUUACCCACUUCCCGUGAUCCAAUCGAGCUGACAUUUUGCACACAGACUCGUUGUGCGUGACUAUUAAUUUUCGUGAAAUUUUUUUCCAAAAUUUUACACUUUUUAGGAAUUUUUUUUUAUAUGUAAUUACCAAUUGCUUAAUGGUGGCAAGCAAUCAUCUGACCCAUAGGUGGACAGCCAUCUCAAGCCAGAGGACGAGAGGACUCUAGCCGCCACGAAUAUAAAGGAUUUAUAUUGAAAAACUUUGUUUUUACGGGUUAAUUUUUUACACAAUGGUGUUGCGUUUUAAACCUUCUCUUGUUGUUCUCUGUCCACAAAAGAUUGGGGAAAUCUUUGUCAUUUUUCAAGGCUCACUUCUUCCGAUGAAGCUUUGCGAACGAUGAGAAAGUUAAAUUUCGAUUUAAAGCUUUCGUGACUGCAGGGAUUCAUAUUCUUGGUUCUUUUGGUAAAGUCACGUAGAAGGGAAACAAUAAAAUAAUAAAAAUAUAAAAUAAAAUCACAGCAAGAAAAUAAUUUCAAAUUUUCUUGCUGUGGUUUUCACACCUGGUGAUGGUUGCUUGUGUUGCAAUGGAAACGUCAUGAGAUUUGUAUUGUUUUAUAUUUUUAUUAUUUUAUUGUUUCCAUUCUACGUGACUUUACCGAAAGAACCAAGAAUAUGAUGAGAACACGUUGUCAACCAUGGCAAGAGAGCGCAACUGUGAGCCUGGGCAUAUCUACAUCACAUUACACUGACGGUCAUUUCGGUAAAAUUCUCUCGCGCACUCAAGCUCGUAUUCAAGCAUCAUCUUACGGUACUUGUUGACAUGACAACGUUAAAACGCAUGCAUGAGUCUCAUCCGAAGCGUCAGCCAGGGCCGCCUGCUGUUCCAAGUCAAUAGAAAUACCAUAGAGUACACGACAACAUCAAAUGCAAAUCUGUGUGUGCUUAAACAGGUCGUGGACUACACUGACAAUACAUCGAGACGCAAUGCAGCGCAUGCCCCCGGUAUUGCUGAUCUACAAAGAUCCCCCGUGUAGCCUUAACAGACUGUAGGGGCAAGUGCUGUUAGCGAGCAGCACCUAUAAAGGCCGGCACAGCACACGAGGGGGUGGGUGGCCAACACCACUGCCCGGCCGCCUUUGUCUCCCUAGUGGCGAUCUUUACACAUCGCACCGGGUACUCAUUUGAGGCUGAGUCGACCUAGGGGAGGCCUAGUACCGGUUCAGAUAAUCGUCACUGGGUGUUAGCCGUGAGCGGGAAUCGAACCCGGAUCGCGAAGAUGAUAGCGCAGUGCGCUAACCACUACACCACCGCUCCCCACACACACAACACACACAACACAAACACGCGCAUCAACAUGCCAAAAUACGCGUCAACACGUCACGGCUCCAGCACGUUUUAAUCUAGAAAGCGGGACUGUGUAUGGCAACGACACGAUUGAGGUGUCGCAUUUAUUAAACUAUUGAAAAUCA